UCCGAGCCUCACUUUAAGCACAAAGUAAGUAAUGAUCUCCUGUUACAACAAAUUCACAACUUGUUUGACAAAAACAAUGACAACUUGACUGCUGUUAGAGAAUGUUUCCCAGAUAAUUAGCAUCAGUUUUUCAUGAUUGUCUGUUGUUAAGGCAACAAACACUUACAACAAACAACACCAGUCAUAAUCUCUCUCUCUCUCUCUCUCUCUCUCUCUCUCUCUCUCUCUCACAAACACUCGCACUCAAACACACACACACACACACACACGCACACACACACACACAAAUUUUAUAAAUGGUAAUUGAAUAAACACUUUGUAUUUGGUGAAAUUGUCAGUGUCAUGUGUCAGAUAUUUUCUUCUGGGGGGGGGGUGUCACUCUUGCCUGUCUUCAAAACUUGAGAGCCCUGCUAAGCACUAAAGUGCAACGUCUCCCUUACUUCCCGUUAAAACACUACUUCGUUUAAUUUAAUAUCAAUAAAAGCCGUACAUACCAGCAAAAUGCUCUUCAUCGAUCCCGUGUGCUAUCGGCGUUGUUUUGGAGCCGUUUGGAGCACGUCACGAAGGUGCUGCAUGUCAUCUUAACCAAUGAAAAGUGUAGCAGCAACAGCACGCUGCGGCUGCACGCUUGUGCGUGCUGCAUAAGGAUGCAUUCACGUCCGCUGGGAGAUUUGGGAAAUGUUCGUAAUAAUCUAACAGUGUAAUGUUUUCAGCGGGGUGGCAACAGGGGUGGCAAGGACUUCGUCUGGGGUGGCAAUUGCCACCCCAACUAGCCCUCUGGCUCCGCCACUGAAACAGAGGGGCUUUAAUUUCACUCCGACAUCGCUUUAUCUCCACGGAAUGAUGCAUAGGCCUACUGCAAAAUCUAUGUACACAUCGCCGUCUUCUGUACAAAUAGCCUUAGCAAAAGAGAAUUUGUAUUAAUUAGCCCCAAAGUUUUUGCUGCUUGUCUGUUCCCUCUAGUAUGAUUCACCCACGGAUCGCGCUUCCCAUUCAUUCACCUCUUAGUCGACAUCCCACUGCACUUUCAUGCCUUAGGCCAUCAGAUGUAUUGGGUAACUUAAAUGACGCGAAAUGGACGGCACCAAAUGGAUGCUGCGCGCUAGCGCCCCCAUAUUUUUCCCAGGUCGCGCGGCGGUCCCGAAACGAAGGGGAAGUUGCCCGAACGCGAUCCGCAGUGUCUCGGCGCGCCCACGCCGCCCGGGGACCACGUGAAAAAUGCCCGAAAAGCGCCCCACGGAAACAAGGUUAGGGGCAAUACGAGGCGAAGCAACCAGAGGGCGACUGCACGUACGCCUGUAACCUAUUUCGCGCGCGUCGAUUAGGUGGCGAGUGGGCAGUCAGAAUGAAGCCUAAACGUCCCCUUGACGCCUAGGGCCCGGCUCCGCACCCGGCGUACACGAAUCACCUACCCAUCCCCCUUGCCACCUAUUUUGGGCGGGGCAUCCCAAUGGACACGCCUCCGUCCACAAAACGCCUAUGCAUCCCCCUUGCAGCCUAAACGCAUCGGAGGACCCAUCCGACGCCCCGGACGCCCCCCGAAGCCCCAAAGAACCCGAGACGUGGCGUUCUCGUUGCCGGCCGCCGACUCCCGCUCCGUAUCGGUGCCGACUGGCCAUAUUCGAGCCGAUAGGCCCCGAGCGGCGGUGCGACGCACGCCCAAACACCCAAGAGCCCUUCGCUUUGAAUUUCGAGUCAUAAAAGGGAAAUGUGUAUCCAAAUCUAGUUUUCUCACACCUGCGAUUUAUUCGAAAGCGGCCCCGACUGGUGCACAGGGCGAGAAUCCAGUCCAGUGGUCUUGUCUACUUCGGCAAUGAGCUAUACAGCCUAAACCAGCUGCAGAGUGCCAUAGAGACAUGGUCCUUCGUGAUGAUGUACUUUAAAGCUCAUCUUUGUGCUCCAGAAGCAUAAAAACGUUGUGUCCAUUAUUUACCUAUGGAGACCCUGUCAAAUAAGUUAUGUGUGGCAUGUACAUUCCUAACUUAUUUAAUGGGGACCUUUAAUGGGGAUUGUUCCGAUGGUCUCCACCUUAGACCUACAAGCUUUUGAUGAACGAUUGUAUCAUCUGGAAGAUCCCAUAGUCCCUCAUAGCUCGGAGGAGGAAGAUGGGGAUGCGUGUAGCAACCCACGUUGCCAAAAGCUGAAGGAGAAGAUAGCCGACUUGAACAGGCAGGUGGACACAUUGACUGACACUGUGCGUGAGAUCACCCAGCGUUACCGAAGGCUGCAGAAGAGGACAUCUGGAGCUCCUCGAGAUGCGGGAAGGAUAAGCCGUGUCACGAAAAGUCUCCUCUCCUCUCUCGGUACCAAAGAUAGAGAUAAAGAUUUAUCUGCCGAACCUGGAGAAAGCCCUCCGUCCCAGGAAAUCUUCGAGCCUACAACCAGCCAGCAGGCCAUGGCAGGAGAUAAAAGUUUAGCAUCUCAGAAAGAUAUUGCAAAAAGCCCCCCUCAUUUCCCAGACCACGCAACUGUACUGAAUGAGGUCCUGGAAAACUUAAAGGCCUUUCAGGAGGGUCCGGAUCCUACAAGGAAGCUGAAGGAGAAUGUAAGCGGGAAAAUAUAUAGGAUCAAGAAUUUUCUGGCUUUCAUGGCGGCGGGAAAGUCCAAUCUCUCCAAUUUGGUCUUUCUUAAUGAGACCGCAAGGAUACAUGCUUGGGUAAUUUCCCUCCGUAAUUCCGGAGUGACUGAGACUACAAUCAAGCACUACGUUGACAACGUGGCCCAGUUCAUCGAUUUCAUCAUGGAGACGCCUCCUCAGUCUUCGCGCUUGAGCAAAAAUGUCAUGGUCGGCUUAAAGAGGGAGAUGAAGGGUCUGAGGAAAUCUCUUAAGAGGGGAGUGGCCAUGCACAGGACAAAUGUGAAAGCUGCAAAGGAGGAGAGGGUGAUUAGCAAGGCUUUGCUAUUAGAGUGCCGCAACAAGGCAAAAAUGUGCAUUCCCGAAGCACUUGAUCUCCUGGAGACGGACCCCUGCCCCAAAAACCAGUGGAAGUUCUACGGAGUGUUCUCUGCCUUCCUUUCAUCUGUGUUUGGGCACAGAGGGGGGGUGUUUCAGAAUUUGACAAUCCAGGAGCUGAAGGAUGCAAAGAAGUCAUCAACGGAGAAUGCCUUUCUCAUUAACAUACAGACCCACAAGACAAAUGAGGUUUACGGCCCGGCUCAAAUCGUCCUGAAAGAGGAGGAGUACCAGUGGGCGAUGCAGUUCCUGGACGUGAAGGACCAACUCCCAGGCGGCAAAGAAGCAAAGUUCUUCUUCUUUGUCUCCACACCGAACCCGUGCAAAAACUUGAACAACUAUUUCCAAGAGGCGUGGAAGACGAUGGGCCUGCCGGGAUGUCCGACCUUCACGGAUAUUAGAACUUCAAUUGCCAGUCAUGCAAAGUUCACGCACAAUCCAGAGAACCGUCUGAAGAUCUCCAAAUUCAUGUGCCACGAUGUCCGAACGGCUGACAAGUAUUAUGUCACCAACCUCACUGCCAAGCAGGCGGUAGAACAUAGACGGCUGUUCGAGGCAGCACUUGAGGGUCCCGAGAGGUCACCGGCAUCAAAAGGCAUUCCGAAACCCACGACGAAACGCAAACGGCAGGUCGCCACAAAUAAAGGCAGCCGUGCAAAGCGCAAAUCGGAGGAGCCCGAACUGACCUCCGGCAGUACCAGCCCAGAAGAGAUGAGGGUCACAUUCCAGGAGUCGGGCGUCUCCAGUUUAGAGAACAGCCAGGGUGAAUCUGAGGGGGCUGGAUCAAGCGAUGACGGCGAGGCCGAGAAAAUGAACGAGGCUACCAGAGACAAGACCCAAGGCGAGGAGUCAAAACAGGGCAGGGAAAGCAUAAGGAGACCGGUCGUCUUGUUGACUCCGAUGAGGUCAGCAUUAAAGAAAAACCUGUCUGUCUCUCAGCUGUCCCCAAUCAAAGUAAAAAAAACAGUCUUAUCACGGUCUCUGACACUCUUUGGAAUGGGGCAACAGAGGCAACAAAGAAAAGCUGCCAAGCAUUGCAUGGACCGAUGGAGAGAAAAAAACAAAAAGUGAACUUUAUUUAAAUAAUGUUGUUUUAUUAUUUUGUUCAUUGUUCGAUAUUUACCUUCUGCUCUUUUGUGAAAUACCUGAUUUAUUCUCAUUUAUAUGUAAAGAGUUUAUAAGUGCUAUAUUUUGUUUGUAAAAUUUAAUAAACUUUGUUGAUUGCA